CCCUUUCCUGUCUCGAUUUCUCCUUACAAGUUCCAGACGGCCGGCGCAAAGAGGAGCAGGACACGUGCAGUGCAGGGAUGCGAUGAUUCUUGAAAGGAGGAUGCUGAGGCAGUUUCGCUGAUGCGCUUUUAAGAAUCAUGGAAGCACUUAUUACGAGCACAUGCGGCGCACACGGUCGGCAUUUGGAGCUGGAAGAAGGCUGUAUGCCACAUUGACGGGAACUGGACGAGGCUUUCUAAAUAUGCACAGUUUAACCUCCGUCCGCACACUCGGCGUCGCGCUGCUCCCUUUCUGCGACACCUAUCCCGGCUGUGCACAUUCCAGGACGUGCCCAGUCCAUGUGCAUGCAACGCUACAUCCCUCGACUUGCACCCUUCAAUCGAACCCUGGACCGCUUGACGCUCUGACCGCGGUGAGGCUGAUAUGGGGAAGGCGGCACGCAGGCGCCAGUACUGUGUACGCCCUGCGAAUACUGGCAUAUGGCCAUGUGCAAACGACAUGCACACGACCGGACCACCUCACAGGGCUGACGAAACAACACAGGGACGAGUCGCCAUUGAUAAGUGCGGCAUUUGCAAGCUUCGUGAGCAGGGGGAAGAUGAUGUAAACUCGUCCUGGAGAUGUAUGUACCAACUAAGGCUC